UGAGCUUUAUAGAUAACAACUCCGGGCUGCGUUAUUAUUCGACUUUAAACAGUAGUAAAUCAUGUUACACUGAUGACUUUAGUUUGUAAUAAUUGAUUUAGGUGUUUGUUUCAUGACUGCUUGCAAUAGGACAUGAUUUUUUAUCAUUUGUUUUGGCAUCGUCUGCAACCCGGAAUAUAGUAUAUUACUACUAUACAUGUAAAGAAGGUCCAUGGUGCUAGUAUAACUUGUCAGCACUACCUUAUCAACGAGUUGACUACAUAGUAACGAUCCAAAAAAGACUCGUCAGAAUAUUUACACAAUGGUAUACUGAGUGCCUUUGUAUAUAUAAUCUGAAACAAACCAAUGGAGCGUCAUAUAGAUUCAUUGAUACCAUCUGAAGAAUCUGUCAAGGGUUGCAGUGAAAAUUUUGCACCUAAAGCAAGAGACAAUGCAGUAUUUGGAUUUGAGAAUGGACUUUUAGGUAGCACAUACAUUGUGCCAGAGAAGAACACAAAUGAGGUUAUUGAAAAACUUGAGACAGAUGUACAGAAUGCAGAUAAAAUAGGAACCACUUGUGACACUGCUCAAAGAAAUGGUGAAAUAUUUUCACCAGAUUCUUCAGAUAAUAUGACAUUAAAUGGAUCUGACUGUAAGAAGGAGGUUGAAGGAGGUAAAAUGGACAAAGAUGAAUAUGACACGCAGUCAGACUCAAUAGGAACUUUAGAAGAUGACAGCCCAUGCAUUAUGCCACAAGGAAGCCCAUGUGAUUCUUUGAUGCAGCAGAUGCAUUUAAUAGACAGUGGCACUUCCCAAAAAGAGUUUGUUCCCAAACAAGUUUCAGUUAAAGCAAAGUACAUGGAACACUUGCUGUCAGCUACCAGUGAUGUAUUUAGCUCUGAGAAUGAAUCCUCAGCUAGUGCAGUACCAUCCCGUCCAGAGAGCUUGUCUUUGCCAAGAUCUCUGGAAUUAUUGCAGCGCCAGCGCAGUACCACAGAACCCAAGCCUGUGGCAAAUUCAGGGGAGAAAACUUUUAUUAGAGAUGAAGCAUUCAUCAGACAUCAAAGAACUCGCAGUGAAGCCAUUGACAUUCAAGGAGUUCGAGUCCGGGGAGACCUUGGGUAUGGAGAUGACAUGCUUUCCAAGAGUUUGCCACAUGGGACAAUCAUGAGAAAGGGUGACCUCAUAGAAUUUGUUGCUGAUGACUUGCAGGAGAAGAUUAAGCGAAGCAGCCCAAUGUCAAAUGCAGGUAGUAUGGGUAGUCGACGCUCAAGUGAGCGCAGUGUGGCCAGUUUGUCCAGUGCCACCUCAGCAUCCAGUUCCAUCGUGACCUCAUCUGGUCUGUCACGCUCACCCAGCAGCCUUCUUACACAGAGCCCUGAUGCGGCACCUCCUAUAGACCCUGGUGCCAUCAUGGAAUUGGAAGUGCAUGCAAGGCGAGUGGCAGACAGUGUGGAUCACAUGAUGGGAAAUCUUCGAGCUAAUUUACAUAAGAUGUCAGCUAUCACUGUGGGCUGUUUGGAAGCAUACAAGACAUCUGUUGAUAUCACGUGUGAUUCUGUAGACUCCAGCAUCAAGUCAAUGUAUGCAUUGAUGGCAAAAUGUGAAGAGUUGAGCAAGACUAUGGGACCAGUUCACCAGAUUGGAGCUCAGAUCAAGGAGAUAAAGCGUUUGCUCGACUUGUUUGAGGCCCAACUGCAGGACAAGUCCUAACUAUGGAAGACCCAUUUACCUACCAGCAAACAGGAUCUUCCCAUUCAGAGGUCUUUUUUCUGCCAUUCCAACAUUGACAUUGGUCAGAUUAACCUGAUACAUUUGUCCAUGCAUGCAGUAAAGCACAUGCCAUUUAAAGGUGAGAAAGUCAGUGUCGGGGGUUCAUCCAAACAAGUUGACUAAUAAACAUGUUUUAGACGCAUCAAAUUUUCUCAGCUGGCUACAGUAGCUGAUUGUGCAAUAAAUUUUGAAGUGAAAAUUUCCUUCUUGAUUAUGGACCUCUUCAGAGCUGGAACAAGAUGCUCAUUUUUGUUGACCACAAUUUUGAUUCUCAGAAACAAAUGAAUUUUUCUUCAAGACUUAAGAUGUGCUUUGAAAGUUAAGGUGCUCUACACUGAAAGAAGCCGUGAUACCGUAUCGGGUUAAACCUUACUACUGCUUUGCAGUUUUAUAAGCAUUUUCAGGUAGCCAGGUCAUAUUGUGUAUGUUACUGGUUUCUAAAAUAAUAAAUGAUUUUCUUCAUUUGAGCUAUUGUGUUUUUUAGAUGACCCAAAGAUUUUAGGUUUCCUGCCACCAUACUCCAGUGUUUAUAGGUGACCCUUCUUGUAGCAUGAUGUCUUUGGGAGUUGUGAUGUCAGUAUGUUCCACUUGUCCUAUGCCAUUUACACUGUAUCAUCCUACUCUGGAUUUAGGCACUGGCAAGAUUUCAUGUACCAGUCCUGGAAGUGAGAGGUCAUAUGUUACCAUGCUCUAAACCUAGGAAAAGUCCUGUAGUGUAUGGUCAUCUUUCUUGCACCAAAAUGGCAGCUUGCUCUUUUAUUAACAUGAAGUGUCUUAUGUUAUUAACAGACAUUUUAAUUUUUUUUCAUUUCAUUACCUGGUGCAACUUCCAACAUGCCAUCUUGAAAAUGUUAUCUUUGAGGUGCUUUUUAACUCCAAAGGAUUAUUUUAAAAAAUGCCAGGUUGAUUCCAUGUGAGCUUUUAAACUGUAAUUUUAUCUUGCAUACUUCAGUGCAAGCACUUAACUGUUACCAUAAGGGAAAUGGUGGGUUUCUUCUUCUUAAAGCAUAAUUAGCCGUUCUAGUCUUCAUGUGGAUGGUUUAGGAGUGUACAUCACAACUGCUAGCAUAUUUCACAAUGAGCAAAUGCUAAUUGUUUAUUCUAAUUGAAGUAUCUAGCCAGAAAGUUUCCUAGUCAGCAUCAUAUAGACUUCUGUUGACCACAUAAUUACAUUGCCAGUAAAAUUAUGUUGAAUACAGUGAGGUAGUGUAUAACAUCAACAUUGGGAAGAGCCCUUGGCCCUGGUGCAAAAAAGCAGGUACUAGCUGGAUUGUUAAUUUGCAGCAGUCAGCUAACCUGCUACUGACAAAUAGCAUAAUAGGUAGCCUUGUACUGUAAUUUGUUUUUCUGCCCAUUGUUGUCAGCAUUUGAAGUUUUCCCAAGGUGGCCAGAUAUCCCCCCUCCUCUUGCUUACAAGUCUAUUUUCCAGCAUGCAGAAUCUGUCAAAUAUAUUGACAUAAAAAACAUGCAUCUCUUGUACCUAAAAAUCCCUAGUAUUUCAUUUUCACUGUCCAGCCUGUACUCAGAAGUAUAAUAUAUUGUGCAUAUAUUGCAAUUUAUCACCUUUCUCAUUUUUUAAAAGGUCAAGAUCUUAUAGACAAACAGAAGUACCUUCUCUUGGAUCUCUGAAAGCAAGUGUUAUGAAUUCUGCUGUUUUAACGUUGUGACUUGUGUGGCUCUUCCUGUAGGCUUUAUCUGUUUUAGACUAUCUGCUAUUCUACUGUUCCAGCAAUUACAACAGUUUUAACCCCCAGUUACAUGCAUGCUAUCAACAUUAUUUUGAAAUGUAGACAUACUUGCACCAAAUAAAAGCUUUAAAAAGAAACCAAACACUCCUUUGGGAAGCUUACAACAGAAAGGACAGCUAGGUAUAAUAAACUUUGGCAGGUGUGAAUGGGCUUUAAGAAUUGAACUACUAAAGGGUUAAUCAUUGGUAUGCCACCAAUGGUGUACAUCCAGUUUGGUUGAUCAAAAUGGGAAUCAAUGUUGCUGGAAAAAAAACCCAAAAACAAAAAACAAAACUGUGCAGUGAUCAUGAAAGAAGUGUAAAAAUGUGGUUUUAAUAUUUUGCUUCGUUGUUUUGAGAUGCUUGUUUUUCAGAUGCUGUGAUGUCUUUGUUAUUAAAUGCCAUAAAGAUG